GGCCAAGAACUCGAUCCGAGCAAAAAAAUGUCGGAGGCCGCCGUGCGAGUGAUCGGCCUAUGGCCGAGCCCGUUCGUGAUCCGCGUCCUGAUCGCGCUGAAGCUGAAGCAUGUGGAGUACGAGUUCGUGGAGGAGGUGGUGGGCAGCAAGAGCGAGCUGCUGCUCGCGUCGAACCCGGUGCACAAGAAGAUCCCCGUCCUGCUCCACCACGGCAAGCCCCUCUCCGAGUCCCUAAUCAUCGUUCAGUACAUCGACGAGGUCUGGUCCUCCGGCGCGCCGGCGGCCAUCCUCCCCGCCGACCCUUACGCGCGCGCUGUCCAGCGGUUCUGGGCGCAGUACGUCGACGACAAGAUGCACCCGGCGAUCCGCGUACUGAAGGGAACGUACGACGGGGACAAGGAGCAGGCGGCGGGGCAGCUGUCCGCGGCCCUGCAGCUCCUGGAGGAGGCUUUCGCGCAGCUCGGCCAGGGGAAGCGCUACUUCGGCGGGGACAGCGUCGGGUACCUGGACAUCGCCCUGGUGUCGCACGUCGGCUGGGUGAAGGCGGUGGAGAAGAUCGCGGGGGUCACUCUGCUGGACGAGGCGAAGGUUCCCAACCUGGUGGCGUGGGCUGACCGGCUGUGCGCCCACCCGGCCGUGGUGGACGCGAUCCCUGACGCCGACAAGUUCGUUGAGUUCAGCGUGACCUAUGGGUCGUUCUCUUAAUCCUAUCAAUGCUCCCAAAGUGAGCAAAAUGGCUCCGCAUUGCGCUUUGUGAUUUUCACUGCGCAUGUGCCGGUGCAUGUCACCGUCAAUAGCAUGUAGUUUGUAUACAUGUCCUUCUGUGAAAAUAAAGCUUUGCUGCCCGUCAAAGGGAAAUCGACAUA